UGUUUUAAAUGUUUAUCCAAAUUUCAGAAAAUCUUAAUUGAGAAAAAUUGCACAAAUAAUACUGGUUCACAUUUCUGUUAAUUGAACCAGUUUAGCUGCGUGAGGCCUCGUUUCUUCUCCAUCUCAAGUUUCAGUCUUCAAAGAAGUCACAAUGUCUCACACAAUUUUGCUGGUGCAACCCAACCCACGACCAGACACCAGGACAUACUCUGACUAUGAGUCCCUGAAUGAAUGUCUAGAGGGCAUCUGCAAGAUAUACGAGGAGCAUCUGAAAAGGCAGAAUCCUGAUUGCCCCUCAAUCACUUACGACAUUUCCCAGCUGUUUGACUUUGUUGAUCAGCUGACGGACCUGAGCUGCUUGGUUUACCAGAAAAAUCAAGGCAGCUAUGCUCCCCACAACAAGGACUGGUUGAAAGAGAAGAUCUACAUAAUGCUGAGAAAGCAGGCAGGUCGCUAAUUCCACUAGGAAUGCGCUGCAGUAAUGACAGAGACAUUAUGAAUUCAUCUACCAUUAUCAUAGUUACCCAUGUAGUAUCAAUUUAUGUUGACAUUGCCUUGUUGUUGCAACACAUUUCUUCAUUGAUUUUACAAACUUAUAGUGAAGCAUUAUUUUGUUUAUGAUUUAGUUUUAAAGAUGAGGUACUGUAAUUAUGUGUAUACUGUAGAUUUCAUGUUUUGUUAUUUUGUUGAUUCUGCAACACAAGGGCUGAGGGAUAGUCAUUACCAUUGAAUGUCUGGUAGAAUCAGCAAUUUUUAGUCUUAACAAUUCUGUAAAAUUUCAUCAUGUUUCAGACAUAAAAAGAUGAUACUCUUUCUCUUGAAAAAUAUUAAAUUUGCAAAUUACAUUGAAAUUAAUUUACCUUAAAAUCAGUUGAUUUAUUUUACAAUUCUAUGUCAUUGUAUUUAAAUGAACUGCCAUCAAUUUGGAUGAAGUGUAUGGGUGUUUUGAAAGAAUUUUACUUUGUGAAGCAGUUACUGUUUGGAAAAUGUGUUUCAAAAUAAAUUUUUUUUCUUAAGGCC